AUGGCAAGAAUCACUGCAGCACUCGCAUUUUCUCUUGCGGUCUCCUUUUCCACCGCCCAGAACGCUCCAGUCCAAAGCACCUAUCGAAAGUAUACCCUCGACGAUAUUAUCCCCACUACCGACCCAGCGUCAGGCCACGUCAAAUGUUGUCCACAAGGAACAGAGUUUGAUGGACAGGCCUGUGUCCUCGGUACCCCGAUCUGUCCCGAAGGAAGCACCCGUGACCGCGAGGCAUGCGUCUUCAAGACACAGCCAUAUUGUGACAAUGGAUACGAGUUCAAAGACGGCCUCUGUAUUACUAUCAAGCCUCCUGCUUGUAUCGGUGAUACAAUUCUCAAGGGGAACCACUGUGUGAUUGAAGGGGAAGCACUGUGUGGCCCUGGAUAUCUGCAGCAGGGAAACGUCUGUGUGUCGUUGAAGCCGCCCGUGUGUCCCGAUGGCGAGCACUUCACUGGCACCAGCUGUGCCUCUAUUAAAGGCCCGAAAUGUCAGGAUGGAGCCAAGCUUGAGGGGGGUCUUUGCAUCGACAACCAACCUCCCACUUGCCCCAAGGGAACCUCUCUCGAUGCCGCCUCCUCUCGUUGCAUCUCUGUGUCCGUGCCCAGCUGUCCUGAGAAUACCGUCGCCCAGAAUGAGCAGUGCAUCUCUAUUGAGAAGCCUUCCUGUGGCAAUGAUGCGAUCUUCAACUCCAAAAUCCAAUCUUGCACCAUCACCGAACCUCCAAGGUGCCCCGCUGGAACGGAGCUGGAUGACAAGAAGUGCGUGUACAUCGGCCAGCUUGCUUGCCCUCCGGGAACGACUGGUUCCAUCGACAAGGCCCAUGGUACUGCUCGCUGCUGUCCCCUUGGCAUGACUUGGGAUGGCAACGUGUGCUCUACCAAGCCGAUCGAAGGCAAAUGCCCUGACGGGAGUGAUCCGAUAAACGAGCGCUGUGAGAAGCACUCCAACCCUCCACCACAGUGCCCGCCUGGAUACAAGCUCGACAAUUCUCGCUGUGUCUGGCAGGAGCCACCGACGUGCCCUCAAGGCUCUCGUUUCGAUGCUGGUCACUGCAUUACUACCUCGAAGCUACAGUGCCCGCAAGGGUUGGUAUUGAUUGGUUCCGACUGUAUCGUCCAACAACCUCCGUCUUGCCCUGACCAGACCAAGCUAGAAGGCAACAAGUGUGUCAGUAUUGUCCAACCAUCCUGUGAUCAGUCUGCAAAGUGGGACGGUAAGCGUUGCAUCGUCAACAGCCAUGCGUUCUGUGAGGAUGGCAUUCACAAGGGCGACGAUUGCAUUACUGGAACUCCACCGUCCUGCCCUGACGGUUCGGCCUUUGAUGGUGCGCGAUGCGUGUCAAACUCCACUCCACAAUGUCGUCAAGGUACUAUUCUUAGUGAGGAUGGAUCAUGCCUUACCUCCACGCCUCCUCAAUGUCCCCCCAACACGCACCUCCAAAAUGGCUACUGUGUUUACGGACUUCCAGUUUGCCCAGCAGGCCAGAGAUAUGCCAAUGGACGCUGUGAGAGCGCCGAGUCGCCACAGUGUGCGCAAAACUUCGUUUGGAAGAAUGGACGGUGUACCCGCAUUGUCGAGGAGCACUGUGAGCCUGGAUUCACCCUCAAGGAUGGCCAAUGUGUCUCUGUGGCUGUCCCCGACUGUGGUGAUCUCAUCUUCAAUGGAAAGGCAUGCGUCAAUGGCAAGCCAAUCUGCCCCGAAGGUAGCUAUCUGGAUGGAGAGCGCUGCUCUUCUGUUCACGAGCCACAAUGCCCCCAAGGCUUCAAGUUUGACGGGAAAAAGUGCAGUGCCUACCAGACUCCCCAGUGUCCACCUGGAUCCGUUUUCGACAAGGUCAGCCAGGAUUGCAUUUCUACUCGGCAGCCCGAGUGCCCGUCAAACCAGAGAUUCAAUGGCAAGCACUGUGCCAUCAUCACCGGGGAGUGCAUGGAGUUCGAAUACUGCCCCACUGAAUCGUACGGAAAGGGAUGUCGACGUACUCAGCUUGGAAUUGUUUGUGAUAGCACUCCAUCCCAGAAUCAACAGGGUCAGCCAGGCAACAAUCCAGGCUCCUGGCAAGAGCACCCACAGUAUGGACCCGGAAGCCAGGGUAACCCAGGCUGGAAUCAACAGCAAAACAAUGGGCGAAUCAGUGGUGGCAAUUGGAAUGAGCGGCCAGCACAGGGCAAUCCGGGCUGGGCCCAGCAGCCGAGCAUGGGGCCCAGCAAUGGUGGUGGUAACUGGAACGAACGACGGGUCGCUGGAGCUUACCAGCAAAACUAUGGCGGUAACUGGAAUGAGCAGCCAGCACCUGGACCUGACGCUCAAGGUAGCCAGGGUUGGGCCGAGCGGCCAAUGGGUGGCUGA